CGGUGCUGCCCUUGAUUUCAGAAACCCACACGCCUUCGAUGUUAGAACAGUUUCCUUCUCAGAUUUUUUUUUCGUAAUUCAAUAUUUUCUCUUGCUUUGAUCUCCUCGAUUCUCGCUAUAGAGAGGAGAGCAUUACAGGGAUAGGGUGAAAGAUGAAGGAAGAGGUCAUAAGUUCUGGAACGGUGGAAGCCGUGGCGCUCGCCAGAUCUUCUUCUCCUCCGACUCCAGCUGCAAAUUCUGCUGCUGCAUCUUCACAUGUUGCACCUAUAAAUGCUGGAAGCACAGAUUGGUUAGGCAGUGCACAUGGCUCCAAAGCGGGUUCUCUAUCAUCAGCUGCUGCACAAGCUCCCUGGACUUCCUUGAGCAACAAUUUUGGUAAUUCUUCACCAGGAUCCCUCGAAAUAUUAUGUAGACCAUGGGAAAGGGGGGAUUUACUACGGAGACUAGCUACAUUUGAGCCAUCAAAUUGGUUUGCAAAACCAAAGGGCGCAAGUUCUCUUUCCUGUGCUCGAAGGGGUUGGGUCAACGUCGGAAAUGGCAAAAUUGAAUGUGAAUUAUGUGGCUCAUUCCUGACAUUCACUAAAUCAGUCUCACGGACAAUUGAUGGAGUUGGUCAUGAUGGAGAAGCCUUUACUGAGAAGCUUGAUUCUGGUCACAAAGUCACAUGCCCUUGGAAAGGAAAUUGCUGUGCUGACAGUCUGGUGCAGUUUCCUCCAACUCCUGCAUCAGCGCUUAUUGGAAGUUACAAGGACCGGUGUGAUGGACUCCUGCAAUUCCCCUGUCUGCCACUAAUAGCUUCGUCUGCAAUUGAGACCAUGAAACUGUCAAGAUGUGCACAGAUUGAGCGCAUCCUAUCACAGUCUCUAUUUUCAACUGGAGAGAUGGGAUUUAAAACUGAUAGCAUGCCCAUACCUGAAAUAUCUCGAGAGGAUCCCUUCUUCCAUCAUACUCAGGCCCAGAAGCUUAUCAGUCUUUGUGGUUGGGAGCCUAGAUGGCUUCCAAAUGUGCAAGAUUGUGAAGAGUAUUCAGCUCAAUCUGCUAGAAAUGGAUGCUCAUUUGGUCCUAAUGAAGAUGGAUAUCCCUAUUCACGUUGUCCUGAACCAACCAAACAUGCACUUUCCGCAUCAGCAGAACAGAAACGAGGAAAAGAAAAGCUAGUUGAAGAAUCAUGGUGUGAUAUGAGAUCUCCUUUAUUAGAUUGUAGCCUAUGUGGUGCCACCAUCAGAGUUUGCGACUUCUUGACAGUUCCUCAGCAGGCACCUCCUGGCUCCAACAACAUUAAUAAUACAGAUAAUUGCAAAAAAAUAACCCCAACACAUGGAACUAGUGCUGCUAGUGGAAUUAACGGGGGGAUUGGUGUAGGUGGAAUGGAGAGGGAUCAGAUGGAGGACCGCGAUGAAGCAGCUACCACUGAUGAGAAGAAAUCACCUUCUAAUGCUGUCGUGAAUUUGAAUCUUAACGCCGCUGAUGGAUUCCCAUCUACCAUGCCUGCUGAGGGUUAUCCUUUAGAUGAUAGUCGUAUGGGCAUAGAUCUUACACUUGGUCAACCUGCUGGAAGUGAGGUUGGUGAUCGUGCUGCUUCGUUUGAAUCAAGGGGUCCUAGCAGUAGGAAGCGUAGCUUAGAGGAUGGAGGGAGCACAGUUGAUAGGCCACAAGAUAGGAUACAGCAGGCUGACAGCAUAGAAGGAACUGUUGUUAACCGUGAUGAUGAUGAAGUUGAUGGAGGCACACAUGAAUCUGAUGGUCUUUCUAAGCGUGCCCGCCGGCUAGAUGUCUUCCAUUCCCAGGAUUUAUCAAACAAGUUGAACUCGUCGGGUGCUGGACCCAGUCACGGUUAUCUUGAUUUAACAAUCAAUCGUCUGAACUCCUUCAAAGAUGGAAGUGAUAUAGCUGUUGGUCAUCCAAACACUAGAAAUUCUGCUCAUGCAUCAUCUGUUGUUGCAAUGGAUACCAUCUGCCGUAGCGAUGAUGAAGACUCUAUGGAAAGCGUUGAAAAUUGUCCUGGAGAUGUUGAUUACGUUAAUUUUAAUUACACAAAUGGUGCGUCAGAAUUUGACAAUAGUAAUCUCGCGCAACAGAGCACCUGCUUACCUCAUGGUGCUGGAAGUGUUGCCAGAGAAAUGGGUGGAAGCAGUACGAUAGAAGGUGAGGAAGUACUCAAUGCAGAAACUUUCACUGUUAGUGCUAGGGAUAGGUUUAGUUUAGGGAUCAGUGCAGGUAGUGUCGGUGUGGGUGCCAGUCAUGAAGCUGAAAUUCAUGGGAUUGAUAUUUCUCUGCGCCGAACUUACAGUGCUGUUGGUGAGGUAGGGUUGAUAGCAGAAGUAACUGAAAAUAUGGGCCAAAGUGGUGAAUCUGCUCCAGGACCGGGACUAAUGGAUGAGUUUGUUCCUGAUGAAAUUCUCAGGGAGGGUCCUCACAGUGAUAUGCAAGAUACGAUUUCUAGAUCUGUAGAAAAGGCUGAUAGUGGCUCAAAGGUGUAUGGUUCCAUUAAGGCUGACUCUAUUGAAAGUGGGGAAAAGAUGAGCCAUACGUUGGGUCAUGAAAGCAGUGCCCAUCCUUCACUCUCCUGCAAUGCAAUGAUAUGUUCUGUUAAUGAAAUAUCCAGGGGGGAGGUGAUGCAGACUGGAAAAGAAACAAUUACUUAUGAUUGUGCUCUGGUUUCUGAUAAUGUCAUGGGCAUUAGCUCAGGACCUCAAAAUGAAGAAAAUAACUACAGACAAGAAGCUGGUGAAUUUGAUCCCAUUAAACACCACAAUAUCUAUUGUCCGUGGGUGAAUGGAAAUGUUGCAGCUGCUGGUUUUAGUUCUGACUUUGCCACCGACUCAAGUGGUACUGCAGCCCUUAGUGGUUGGCAACUCACAUUAGAUGCCCUGGAUGCAUUCCAAACUCUUGGUCAGAUUCCUAAUCAGAUGAUGCGGUCCGAAUCUGCAGCUUCUUUAUAUAAGGAUGAUCAUUUAACUCCUGGCCAGAAAAUUUUGACCCGACAAUCUGUGAGCAAAAGCAGGAGGAAACGGUUUGACUGAAUUCAUGUAAUAGUUUUUGGCCGGUUUACAGUCAUAAAAUGCCCAACGGCAAGCUAGAAGAGCCAAGCUCGUAUGCUUUGUGGUUGAAUAUUCCAUUCAAAUUAUUGUGCUUUUGUUAUGUUGUAUGUAAUGCUAGAAAGCUAAAACAUAAAAUUUCAGCAUGUUGUACUUCAUUAUGCAUGCACUUGAAGAGAGAUUACUUUCUAUUUUUUAUUUUAGUGCAACUAAAUUGUAUUUUAUUCCAUCUUGAAUCAUAAUUUUGUUGACUUUGGAUGCAAUAGUUGGCCAUUAUAAAUUUCAAAUGAGUUUGAUGGUUUUACCCUGUA